UACCGUCUCUUAGAAAGCGGGAGUGAAUGAGUACGAUGAGGAAACAGCACAUCGCCGCUCCCGCUAGAGCCCACGCAACUCUCAGCAUCAGCAUCCUGACUGGAUUCAGCAUCCACACCACAUAUCCAUGCUCUUGCCAUACAAAACACACCGCUUUGCGAUUUUCUAUAUAACAGAUUCCAAUGAUAGUAGAAAAGAUGUUGUCCUUUCAGUAGGGGAUGCCAACUUUACGUAAGCAAUAUUAUUGAUGAUAAGUCAGAGCUUUCACCGCCCAUCGCAUAAGGUGCCGACAUUUCCAGUUUGUCUGUGACUGCUGCAUGGAUCUAACUCGAGUGAUCCGUUCUCUCCAACGGACGCGUUUUACGCACUUCCAGAACUGCGUUGAUGUUAAAAAUACUCUGUAUUACCAGCCUGUCGACAGGUUCAUCAUACGCAUCAGAAGAAACUAUUCAGUACCGUAAUUCCAGCAUUAAGCGCGUAAUCAUAUAGAAAUGUCCCCAACGCGAUGCAUGUGAUGGUGAUGUGCUGGGGUCUAUCUUAUCUCCACCUCUAUCUCUUAUCUCCGUAUGUGUGUUACCGGGGUCUGAUUCUUCUCUUAACAAGCGCACUUUCUCUCCGCUCUGACGCAUACAUCGCCUCCUUACAAUCGUCUGAAGCGUUUGAGAUGAAUUCGCCGGUGGAUGCGUCAGAGCGCAUGUUCCUCCAGUGUGACAUGGCUGAGAUGGAAGCAAAAGGUCUCAACAUGUCUUCUGAGCAGCUCCACAGAGAACAGCUGAUUCACCUUCAAGUUUACCAUGCCUCCUGUUUGGUUAAAGAUAUGCAAGCCAAGGACUUCCCACCAAAGUUGGGAACUUGUGAGGCUGAAAACAGAUGUUUGGCCCAGGAGUUAAGUGUUUGUGUGUUUCAACAAAUCUUGACAAAAACCAUGUAUCCGGGUGUCAAAAAACUGAAAUGGAUUCAGUGUGACCUUUGCAGUGGUUGGCUGCACUAUGAUUGUGCUGGCAUAAAUCCAGCAAUGGUCACAGAAGACAUGGUAUUCAGAUGUGGAUGUGACAUUGAAAAGUCUUAUCCUUUUGAGAAAACACUGUCAGUGUUGAACGAGGAAAUGGUGGUGAACAUCAUGGAGGAUCAAGAAAUUCUGGACCUACACAAUGGCUUGAAAAGUGGCACGAUACGAUCAAACAGGAUGUUUUUGCAUAAGCAUCCAACAUAUUCCCCCAAGCUGAAGACGCAACUUGAUGAAAGAAUUUCUUUUUUUAAUGAACGACAGACAGAGGGGAUUAUUGAAAGAAUAAAAAAAGUCACAGAACUCGACAUGUCAGAACUAAAUAAUACAUCCUACGUUCUGGAAGUUCUAACUCCUGAGUUAACCCUCUUAAUCCUAAAAAAGACAGAGGGCUUCCACAGGUUUCAAGGAGAAAUGGCAUUGCAAACAAGGGGUCUUUUGGAAACAUCUUCAGAUUCUGAUCCAGACUGGUUUUAAUGAAUAAUGGAUGGCUCUUGUUGCAGUACCACACAAAACUUUACUGACAGGACUUCCUUCUCUGCGUCCCCUUCUUGUUACGGUUUGGUCGGGUCAUCACCUGGCACAGGGAUUGUUUUGUUUUUUGUCGAGCACAUGGCUGUCACCGAGCUUCGGCCGGCCUAGUGCUUGUGUCUGCGUCAUUUGCUCCACCCUCGUGUAUUCGUAUGACUUCUCUUUCACUGGUGUUUUUCCACUCCAUGCUCACACACCUGUUGGCUCUUCACUCGUUAGACUUCAUCGUUCCCUUAAUUACUCCACACCUGAUUAUGAUCUCCUCGUUACGUUCUCUUUAUAAUUCCCUCUGUGUUUGUUGUCCAGUGUCUGUUCGUUGUAGAUUUUGUCUGCCCAGACUGCCCCAGGGGUUGCUGCGGCUCUCCUGAAGAAGUUUCCUCGUUUUGUGUUUUCUCACUGGAGAGACUCCACCUUAGUCAAAGUCAAGUCUUGCUUCUUGGUAUUUAUAUUCACCUUCCUUGUUCUUUUCGCUUCUCCGUCUGAUCUGUCUUCCCCAGCAGUUUGCGUCAGCGCUCCGGUCAGUGGUCAUCACAGUCAGCGGUCUUCUCGAGAGAUCUAACCGACUACAUCUCCAGGCGCCGCUUCUCACCUCUCAGGCUACGUGGACUCCGAGUCGAGUGAGGCCACCAGGCGCUUCCGCCCAUCUCAGCACCGGCAGCUCAUCCUCGACUCUCUGUUCGGUCUCUCUGCUUCUCUGGAGGGAGAAGCUCGCAACCUGUAUUUAUAUUUUCCCUUGCCUUCAUUUGUGACAAAUAAAGACUCUGUUUUCCCCCCCCGCACUUGGGUCUCCCGUGGUUCUGUCAUGACACUUCUCUUCCAUGUUUGAUGAGUAAUAAAAAAGUAAUGUUUCCAGGACUAUUAUAGAUACCUAUUUAAUGCAUACAGUCUUUCAAUUAUGUUUUAAAGCCAUAAUGUGCAUGUCUCCUUACCUACCUACAUUUCAUAUUUUGCUACA